AGGAGGAGCCGGGCGCCACCUGUGGACUGCCCGCGGCCGGCGGACAGUCCGCGGCGGGGGCCCGGCCGGGGGUCGCCGGGGGCCCGGAAGCCGGGGGAGAGCGCGGAAACCAACUUGGAGAGAGGAGUGACCUGGGGGCCGGGGGCGGAGUCGUGAGCGGGGGAGGAGAGAGCCGGCCGCCAGCGAGAUCCGCGCGGCGGCCCAGGAAGCGAGAGCGCCGCCCACCCAUCCGGGGCGAGAGCCGCGGCGCGGGAGAGGCAGGCUGGGCCGGGGGCUGCCCGGGCCUGCGACCCCCCGCCGUGACCCCGCGGCCCCCAGCCCGCCCCCAAGAUGAUGAAGAGGCAGCUGCACCGCAUGCGGCAGCUGGCCCAGACGGGCAGCUUGGGACGCACCCCGGAGACCGCUGAGUUCCUGGGCGAGGACCUGCUGCAGGUGGAACAGCGGCUGGAGCCAGCCAAGCGAGCAGCCCACAACGUCCACAAGCGCCUGCAGGCCUGUCUGCAGGGCCAGAGCGGGGCAGACAUGGACAAGCGGGUGAAGAAGCUUCCCCUCAUGGCUCUGUCUACCACAAUGGCGGAGAGCUUCAAGGAGCUGGACCCCGAUUCCAGCAUGGGGAAAGCCUUGGAAGAUGAGCUGUGCCAUCCAGAACCAGCUGGCCCGCAUCCUGGCCGAGUUUGAGAUGACCCUGGAGAGGGACGUCCUGCAGCCGCUCAGCAGGCUGAGUGAGGAGGAGCUGCCAGCCAUCCUCAAGCACAAGAAAAGCCUCCAGAAGCUCGUAUCCGACUGGAACACGCUCAAGAGCAGGCUCAGUCAGGCAGCCAAGAAUUCAGGCAGCGGUCAAGGCCUGGGAGGUGGCCCGGGUAGUCACAGCCACCUGACCAUGGCCAACAAGGUGGAGACGCUGAAGGAGGAGGAGGAGGAGCUGAAGAGGAAGGUGGAGCAGUGCAGGGACGAGUACUUGGCUGACCUGUACCACUUUGUUACCAAGGAGGACUCCUAUGCUAACUACUUCAUUCACCUCCUGGAGAUUCAGGCCGAUUACCAUCGCAGGUCACUGAGCUCACUGGACACAGCCCUGGCUGAGCUGAGGGAGAACCAUGGCCAAGCAGACCACUGCCCCUCGAUGACAGCCCCCUUCUCCAGGGUGUAUGGGGUGUCGCUGGCAACCCACCUUCGAGAGCUGGGCCGGGAGAUUGCCCUGCCCAUCGAGGCCUGCGUCAUGAUGCUGCUCUCUGAGGGCAUGAAGGAAGAGGGGCUCUUCCGUCUGGCUGCUGGGGCCUCUGUGCUGAAACGCCUCAAGCAGACGAUGGCCUCGGACCCUCACAGCCUGGAGGAGUUCUGCUCUGACCCGCACGCCGUGGCAGGCGCCCUCAAGUCCUACCUUCGGGAGCUGCCAGAGCCCUUGAUGACCUUCGACCUCUAUGACGACUGGAUGAGAGCAGCCAGCCUGAAGGAGCCAGGGGCCCGGCUGCAGGCUCUCCAAGAAGUGUGCAGCCACCUGCCCCCCGAGAACCUCAGCAACCUCAGGUACUUGAUGAAGUUCCUGGCACGGCUGGCUGAGGAGCAGGAGGUGAACAAGAUGACACCCAGCAACAUCGCCAUCGUCCUGGGACCCAACCUGCUGUGGCCACCUGAGAAAGAAGGGGACCAGGCCCAGCUGGAUGCAGCCUCCGUGUCUUCCAUCCAGGUGGUGGGCGUAGUCGAGGCGCUGAUCCAGAGCGCAGACACCCUCUUCCCUGGAGAUAUCAGCUUCAACGUGUCAGGCCUCUUCUCAGCCGUCACCCUCCAGGACACAGUCAGUGACAGGCUGACCUCUGAUGAGCCUCCGCCCACCACUGUGCCCACCUCAGCCACCACCCUGGCUCCGGCUCCAGCUCUGGGUCCAGCCCCAGCCUUGGCCUCAGCGGCUACCAAGGAAAGGACAGAGUCUGAGGUGCCGCCCAGACCAGCCUCCCCCAAGGUCACCAGGAGCCCCCUGGAGACAGCUGCCCCAGUGGAGGACGUGGCUCGGAGGACCAAGCGCCCAGCACCGGCCCGGCCCACCAUGCCACCCCCCCAGGUCUCCGGCACCCGCUCCUCCCCUCCAGCUCCACCCCUGCCCUCUGGCUCUGGAAGCCCUGGGACCCCCCAAGCCCUGCCCCGACGUCUGGUUGGCAGCAGCCUCCGGGCCCCCACAGUGCCACCGCCGUUGCCCCCCACCCCUCCUCAGCCUGCCCGGCGCCAAAGCCGGCGUUCACCAGCCUCCCCCGGCUCAGCCUCCCCGGGUCCAGCCUCCCCCAGCCCAGCCUCUCUGACCACCCCAGCACAGGCAGACUUGGGGGCUCCCACAGCAGAGGGAGGAGCCCCUGAGGCUGUGGGUGGGGUCCACACUCCCCCAGUUAUCCCCCCUCAGCCCCGCCCCAGGAGUCUUGCCUCAGAGACCAACUGAGUGGCCAGUUUCUCCCUGAGCCACCGUCAGCAUCCCCUCCCUCCCUCCCUGGCCCUCCCAAAACAUCUCUCAUGCCUCCCAAGGGGUGUGGGGCUCCAGCCUUUGUCCACAAGUGCCUUUGUGCCCAUUGGGCCGGCCCCCAUGGCCAGGAGGGCUCAGGACAGUCCGCUUCCUGACCUUUUCCUCAUCCACCCUGGGCUUGGGGGCCCGAACUGGACUCUCCACUCUCCGGCAGAUCCUAGGGGAGCCACCGGAAGGAAGGAGAGGCUUGCCGGCCCCUCCAGGACUUUCAUUCUUUGCCAACAGAUUUUUUUGUAAGGCUGGUAAAUAAAUUAUUUUGGACAAAACCGGAA